AUGUGCAACACAGCUCUUUACCGAAGUCGAGGCUGCGGCUGCCGGUGGCUCCGUGUCGAUGAGCAAUGCGGCUAUGGCAUGGGCUUCUGCACAUGCCCGGAUAUCGCCAAUGGCAUUUGCAAACCGGCGAUGAAGUACUACGACUGCGAGCACUGCCCAAUUCACUAUUUUGGUGGAGUGUACGAUUACAACAGAAUCCGCAUGCUAGUCAAGCUGGAGAGGGGCAUCAAGUUCGGAGGAGGCGUGAAUAGAGCCGACCCUGGAUGCGAGAUGAGAUGCGUUGUCAUGUAA